AUGGCAAUGACUCUCGUAAAUAAUAAUGCAUUUGAUAAUGAAUUGCUUCCACCAGGAGAGAUGCAAGUUCAAGCAUUGAAAACACCUACACAAGUAUUAAUGAGUCCAACAUUAUUAAUUGAUACAUCGCAAAAAAUUUGCUUAGCCAUGACUCCUGAUGAAUUUGUUAAUUCAUAUUAA